GUCACCCUCAUUGAUGAGGAUCUGCUGAAGUUCCUUAAGCUUGAAGAGUUGAUCCUGAGUGCCAACCGAAUCAGGGUGGUGGAUCCCAUGAAUCUGCCCCCAACUCUGAAGGUUCUGGAGCUCUAUGGAAACGAAAUGACCAGUAUCCAGUGUCUGUGCUCUCACCCCCCUCCAGCCCUCCAGCAUUUGGGUGUGGGCCACAACAAACUUAUUGGCUUCCUGGAAAGCCAAUAUGUCACAGUCAAUCACUGGCCUAACCUGGUCUCCCUGGACCUGGGCUACAAUGACCUGACUGAGCUUCGCUACAUGAUCGCUGGCCUGUGUACCCUGCCCCAGCUGAGGCUGCUGGUGCUGCAGGGAAACCCUCUGGCCCUGGUGCCCCAUUACCGCGGCUACACCGUCGACUGCAUGCCCCACCUCUAUGUGCUGGACGACAUCAGUGUCUCCCCAGAAGAAAGACACCUGUUCCAGGGGCUCAGCUGCAAACUAGGGUUUGCAGAAGAAGAAGCCUAUUUGACAGUGACUGUGAAGAAUGUCACAGGUGUUUUGGAUUCCUCUGUCUUGGACCCAGAACCAACAAUUGAAGGUCCUUAUAUUGUUUAUAGCUACUAUGUGACAUAUAAUUUUGUCGAGGAUGAAAAAGACACUGGGAAGGAGUGUGCUAGUAAUAUGGAAGAGGUUAUCAAACCCAACAAAAGUCCACUACUGUCAACUGUGCUUUCCAAGGAGGGUAUUAAUGACACUGAAGCAGAUCCCCGGCUCAACCCGGCCCCAGGGUCAGUUCUCUUUAGCACGAUACGAAAACCUUGGACCAAUAUUAUUGAAUACGAUUAUAAGAUGAAACAUAAUCUGAAGGACCUGGUGCCAUUGAAGGCCUUUCUGUUGCUGGGAACCAACGUUUCCAUAGUGGAGGAAAAGAGAGUUUCUUGGCUAAUUCUUCCUACUCCAGAGGACAGUCCCCCAACUAGCAAGAAAGGAAAAGGCGAGAAAGACAAGAAGGGAAAAGAGAAGGAUGAGGAAAAAGAGAAAGACAAGAAGGGAAAAGAGAAGGACAAGGAAAGAGAGAAAGACAAGAAGGGAAAAGAAAAGGACAAGGAAAAAGAGAAAGACAAGAAGGGAAAAGAGAAGGACAAGAAAGAAAAAGAGAAGGACAAGAAGGAAAAAGAGAAGGACAAGGACAAGAAAAAGGGGAAAGAAGAAAAGGAAAAGGAAAAAGAAAAAGAAAAAAAGGAGAAGUUAAAAAGGAGGGACACACCUAAGGAAUUUCGUCAGGAUCCCCCCAUCCUGCGAGUCUUGGGGAGUCAGCUGCUCAACUUGGAGCCCUUGCUAUCUGGGGAGACCCUGGUGGCCUCUCUGUGCAAUUUUGGGACGGUCCGUACAGCUGAAACUGACAAAAUGGUCUAUCUAAGGGACCAAAAGACAAAGACCAAGAAGGGUGCUAAACAAAAGGCGAAGGACAAAGAUAAAAAGAAAGAGAGUAUGUUGUUUGAAGAACCCGAUUACCAGCCAGACCCCCUGACAGUGGACGUUCAGAUCCAGCUGUGCCACUAUAAGUCCCUCACAGAAGCACUGGCCGGGCCCCCCUUGUGAUCCUCUACCCCAUUUUUAUGCCUCUUAGAUUUGGGUGGUAAAGGUGUUUAGUUAUAAAGUGUUGUUUUGCUUG